UUCUUUUUCCCUCCCUCUUCCUCCCCACCCAUACCAAUCCACCACCAACCCAAACAGACAACGAAGUCGCCAUACCAUCCCCAGGAAUCAAAUCACCCCCAGCUCAACUUCGUCGCACCCUUUUGUCAACAUGUCUUCGGCCGUCCCUGAGCUGUAAACGCCCACUGCGCGGCACCCGUCGCCGUGAAACGUGACCGGGUGCCUCGCAGUCCCGCAGCAUCAGAGACCAGUCCGAGUCUUUCGACGAAGUUAUCCAGACCUUGAAGCCUGUCAAGAGCCUCCUCCACUCCACCUAGAGGCACCGCGCAACCACCGCACCACCAUUGCCGGCCAGUCGACGAUACCCAGCAUCCUGAGAGGCCUGUCCCCGAUCAAAGAAAAAUAGCCACAUCGUCUGUCUGCCCUCCCCGACUGGGCCUGAACGCGAUCCCACCCACCUCCUCUAUCCGAGCUCCUCCAUACACCUGUCCCCCUCCUCGCACCCGAGUCCCCACGGAAAAGACAUCUUCGUGUGUGCUUCCGCUGCCCUCGACACAAAUCAGCUUGGCACUGGGUACAACCGAACGAACGUACGCCAACCUCAAGUUCCCAACCCGGCACCCGCGGCUCGUUGUUUGACUUGUCGCCCUUUUCAGAUCCGAUAGACUCGCUGCCGUUCAAAAAAUCUGACAGCGGUAUUCCUCGAAAGAGAAACAACCUGUUGCAGCCAUGCCUCCCAAGAUCGUCCUCAAGCGGGGCCUGAACCGAGUCCCAACUGGCGGCAAGUCCAUAAAGGCCCCCAAAAAGGGUCCCAAGAAAGCCCCCAAAUCGUCCAAGCAACGCCGUGCAUCCUCCUCCUCCCUGUCAUCCGCAUCGCUUGACCUCUCCGACGACGGGGGCUACUCGGGCGUGGAUGAUGUCAGUGAUUCGGAUGAUGACGAGGAAAAUGUAUUCGCGGCCGAGGAGGAGCACAUACUAGCCAACGCGAGGCAACCUGCCGCGCCAAGCUCCCCUCGGCCGACCUCCUCCGACAUCGACGGCGACGAAGACGAGGCCGCCGCCGAUGCUGAUGAUGACGAUGACUCGGAUGACAACGACAAUGAGAAUGAGAAGGAGCUAGAAUCGGCGGACGAGGACGGUGGUGACACUAGCAGUGUUAGCUGGAAUGGCUUUGCGUCUGAGAAUGACGAGCCCGUCCCGGCCCAAGUACACACUGCCGAGCCAGAGGACGUCGAUGACUUCUUCCCGGACAUUUUCAUUGCUCAGGACUCGCUUGACUCUGGGUUCCGGCGUGAGAUCGAGCAGGACGACGACGACGAUUCGUCGGUUUCUGCAACAUAUUGGGACUACUCGGGUGCCGCUGGUGCGCCCGACGACUCGGACGACGACCCGUACGGGAUCGACGAGGAGUUCCCCAACAUCUUUGGGCCCAGCAGCGCGAACGAGCCCCAUGACGCCGCCCACCCAAAGGUUGCUGAGCUCCCCUUGCCCGAGGAUGACGACGAUGAGUCGGAUGGUUAUAUGUCCGAUGGUGAAACGACUGAAGAAGAUGAACCUGAGCCCGUGCCCCGUAAGAAGAUGAUCCCGAUCUUGCGUGCUAGAUCUGGGGACCCCUCUGAUUCAGAGAAAUCUGAAGGUGGCACGCCCCGGCCAACAAAGAGGCCGAUCAAAAAGCCGAUCAAAAAGCCGAUCGUGGUCAUGAACCCCAUCACCCGGAAAAUGAUGGUCAUCACGCCACAGAAGAAGCAGCGCAAAUUCGAUGUCAUGGUCGACCCGGGCCAAUUUCAACCAGACUACUUCUCUUGUCCAAAUUCAAACCAGACGUCCCCCAUCAUGGGCAAUCCCGGCUCGCUCAUGAUGAGCGCCAUGUCGUCUGCCAAUUUCUACGCCGGCGGCAUGAUCGAUUUCCAGACGGUUGGACCUGCCGAGGCUUUCUUUCCCUCGGGCGCCGAGCCAUACAUGGGCGACGAUAGUGAAGACUCCUGGCUGGUGGACGCCGAGCACGACGACGAGGACGUCGAGGAAAGGAACUUGAACAUCGAGGACUUCCUCGAUUUCGGCGACGGCGGGUCUGACGGAGAGGAUGAUGUUGACAACACCGAGGACGGAAACACCGACCGCACACCUUCACGUCGCAGCUCGAUGGCUCCCAGCGCGCUGAGCGAUUCCAACAAUGACGUCCACCCGCUUCUAAGCCACUUGACCAACAACGCGGAUGCCGUCGGUGCCUUCCGCCGGAACCAAGUCAAUCAACAACUCAUCCUGAACGGCCAAGCCACGCAGGAGUCUCUUGCCUUCUCAAACCCGUUGUACCAUGGCACACUUCGUGGUAUCAAACAUGGCAGUCUCGGGGGUGCAGCUACUCCUCUGACCCCCGAGCGCCGUCACAAGAAGAUCAUGGCCAAAAGCCCCUCAGAAGCCAUUCUGCAGAAGCGGAAAGCUUCUGGCCCAGCCGCCGACGUUUCUCAAGCCCAUAAGAGGCAGCGGAGCAUCUCAGACGUCAGGACGAUGCACCUCUGAACGCCGUUACGGACAUCCAAGUCCCAUGCGUUCGCCCCACUACAACAUCAAAUACGCUCAUGGACGGCAUGACUGCGUGGUGCAAUCACUGGAAAGUUGAAGAACCUCGCCGUUAUCCCUGGCCUGAUUUCCUUUUUCUCCCUGUGCACGGAAAUCGUCUCCCAACCUCAAUCUCUGUUUUCAAAUGAAUCUGCCCCGAAGCUUCCUUGUUUCAUUCCUGUUAUCCCUGUUUCCAUGCAAUGUCCUUUCGAGCUAUGAGGCCAUUAUGGCUUUCUCUACAUCCGCUCACACGCUCAGUCAGCUUUUCGAUUCGCCACUCGACUUGCUGCAGUCCCGGCGUUCUUUCGGAACCCACCAGUGCUUUGAAAACUGCAGCCGCGAACAAAAGUUUGGGAGGUCCUAGACAAAAAAUAGAUGUCAUGAGGGUUUGAUGCAAGCACGUAUUUGUCUGUGCCGACCUGGGCACCAGCAAUGUGCAUGCUGCUGUUUGUACCGUCACUCCUCAAGACCUUACGACUUGGAUGGGGUAGACAUGGUACCGACACCAAGGCUUCAAAAACACUAGUCUAAAAAGCAAUGAAAAUUCAUCUAGUACUCGGACCGCUGUGGUGUUUACACGUGUUCUGGACCGUCAGAAAAUUCUGGUCACAAUAGCGGCUCUGGAAGUGAUUGCCCGUUUUGAGUACGAGCCCAGCCUCAUGACCUGGACGGCGUGUCUUGUGGAAUCAGCUUGGUGGGCCCUCAUGCUGCAAGCACUUCCAUCCGAAGCAGUGGACAAACGCCCACUCGGGCGUACCGCUUGGUUACACUCUCCUGAGGUUUCUGGCCUCUGGCCCUGACGCAGCCAACCCGUGCCCCAAUUUUCAUCCGGCAAACUCAGAGUCGGACUCAGAGCAUACCAUGAAUCACAAGUCCCCCGCAUGACCUGAGGCACCUGUGCAUACUGCACCCAUAAAUCAUCCGGCCGUUCCAUUAAGUUCACCAAAAGGCCGUAGUAAGGGGUAGAGGUCAAGGGUGGCGGUAGUCCC